CUUUGGCUUUGGCGCGCAAUUUUUCGUGAUCACUUGAGCGUGUUAUGACUUGACCGACUGCUUGCGGCUGCUUCCUGAUUCUACGGCGGUAAAUCCUAUUGUUGGUAAAAAAAAAUGCCCGCACACCCCAGCAGUUAGAGAUCUAGGAGAAACUGGCGCUUAGCGGCUGUCAGUCGAAGAGCGUCAGAUAAGAUGGACGUGGAAGCAGGGAGCUCGGCCAAAAAGGAGCCCCUCUACAUCGAGUCACACGCUGUAUACUUUCCACACACACCAUACCUAUCCCAAAAGAUGGUCAUCAUAAAGGUCCUGCAGGGCUUGAGGAAUCGAAGGAAUUGCCUCAUUGAAUCGCCGACGGGGAGUGGAAAGACUCUGGCCCUGCUGUGCUCAUGCCUGGCUUGGCAGAAGAAAAAGAAGGAAAUUUAUCAAGCUCAGGUGGAAAAGAUGAUGCAGGAAAUGCAAGCCGGGCAGUAUGAGAUGGAAGGCCCUCCCCCAAACGAUCCCAGAUGCACAGCUGUGCCGUUGGGCAGUGCCACAAGCAAAGGCUUCAGAGUGCAUGGAGGCAUGAGCCCUGCCGCACCAUUGAAGGAGCCAGGCUCGCCACAAACUGUUAAGCUCCUCACUCACACAAACCAUUUAGUCACGGCAGCGAGCCAGCCAGGAGUGACAUUGGCCAGCAAGCUCUCCACAAAGGCAAACAGUCCAUCUCGUGUUGUGUCGAGUGGUGCAGUCCAGCUGUCCAACCAGCAGGUGACGUUGGUAUCCACUCAGCCUGUCAUGGCGAGCCAGGCUGUUGCUUCAACAAGCCAGUCGUCCGUUUCGGCCAGCCCGUCGCCUACGUUACCGCCUGCCUUAGCUGCCCAUCUUCCCGUGGCCUUUGGAGGUAUGAUGCCGACGUCCCCAAAGCCAGGCACGAAGUACAUCGUUGUUCGUAACAACACCGGUCAAGCACUGGACUUGAACACCCUCCUGUCAUUGCCCGAGCUGAAGACGAGUAAGCAGACUGUCAUCAUCCAGGCGAGCCGAAUGACACCUGCCAAACAGGAAGCAGCUGGUGAGCCUGUGAAGGAGCAGCCUGUUCGAAAUUCUCUUCCACCUUCCAUGGAUGACGACGAUGACGACUUUAAGCCAAUGAAGAAAAUGCGCCAAUCAACAAACAUUCCUGUACCUAAUAGUGUUGCAAGCCUUGCACCGCCAAAGCAGGAGGUUCCAACAACGAGCAGUGCCUCAAGUGUCUCGGCAGUUGUUGAGCAGUUAUACCAGCAGCAGCAGCAGCUUCCUCCUACACAGCCUUCCACUCCAUCCAAAGGGCCUCAGGGGAUUGCAGACAACCUUUGGAGAAGUGAGUUGUCUGUAGGUGAUAGUGGUAUAUAA